AAUCUGCCCCCUUAUAAAACCGUAGCAUUUGCCUGUUUACAAUCAGGUUAGCUAGUUAUCUAGGGGCAGUGCUUGCACUUUUACAGUCCAUUUAAAUACAAUGGGUAUAGCAGAUGAAACUGACAGGACUCUGUUUGUUGGAAAUUUGGAUCAAAAAGUGACGGAGGAACUCUUGUUCGAGUUGUUUUUACAGGCUGGACCGCUUAUCAAAGUGAAGAUACCAAAGGACAACGAUGGAAAACAGAAGUCCUUCGGGUUUGCUGUCUUCAAGCACGAAGAAUCUGCACCAUAUGGCAUGAACCUACUCAACGGAACCUCGCUUUUCGGAAGAACUCUAAAAGUACAAUUCAGAGCAGGGAGCACACAUAUAAACAGUCCUGAGAACUCGCAAAAUUCAAGCCCAGUCAACACUCUCAAUCUGCAUGGGGCCAGAUACAACAAGUCUCCUGACCAGAUGGGACCUCCACUGUUUUCACCCCUUCAACACCAGCAGAGAUCAUUCUCCUCUCCUGAAAGUCUGCAGAGACAUGUCAUGAUGAACAACAUGUGGCAGCUCCAGAUGCAGCAGCUCCAGCAGCUGAAUGGAGGCUUCUCCGGUCUUCUGCCCCAGCCGUCCCCGCAGCAGCAUGUAAGUCGUGGUGGGAAUGGAGGUGUCUCACGGCAGCAGGACGACCCACCCCAGAGGGGCCACAGGCAGUCUUACCAGCAGAACAGUGGCAGCCACAGCAGCAGAGACCAGCACUAUCCAGGCUCUGAAGAUUCUGGAGCGGGCUCCAACCGCCACCACCGCACCCAGCGGAACGACCAUUACCAGCACGAUGAGCGGGGUGGCAACCGCAGCAGAAACCACCAGGACAGGAGGAAGGAAGAGUCCAGGGACGGUCGUUGGAGACGAUACUAAAGCAUUAUGGGAUUUUUUUAUUUUUUAAAGAAUAUUUUAAAAUAUUUUUUUAAUACAUGAUUUGCCUCCAUGGCACACACCUUUUUAGAAACACAGCUAUGGAUUGUUACUGGGGAAACGAGAUUCAAUGAAAUUCUCAGGAGGAAGAAACACACACACACAAUCUUUUAAUUGGUUGUACAAUUUUGUAUAAUUCUUUCAUUGUAAAAGUGUAUGCGGGAUUGUGUUCAAUAUAUAAAAAAAGACAGGUGGAAUUUGAUAAUUGACGGUUCAUAUUGACAUAUGUUCAUCUUUGAUACGAAAAAGGUUUUAGACUAUUUUCAAGUGAAAGUAAUUACUCUUAUGCAUUUAUUGGGAAUGUGCUUUUUAUUUCUAGUAGUUUUUGUAAUUGCAAAAAAAACUGUAGUCUGUCGUAGAAUAUUGUGUAUAUUUCCUUUGCCAUUGAAUGGUGCUCCAAUGUUCUUCCUCAGGAAUUAGAAAGUAAGAUGUUAUAACUAAUUUACACCAGCAACCCUUCCUGUGGCAAUAGGCUGAAGUAAUUGAAAUGAUCAAAUCAAAUCUCCUUUUUUUCUAAAUGUUUCAAAUCAAAUGUUUUUAAAGUAAUGCCAUGUACUUUUUCAUUUUUAGUAUAUUCUACAACUGCAAAAUUCCUGUCACAGUCCAUGAACAUCUGGAAUAAAAUAUUCCUCAAUCCUAA